AUGCGCUCGUGGACCCGGCCUGCUCUUCGGUUCCUUCCAACAUCCUCUCUCAACCUGGAGGCUCUCGAUACCUGGAUAGCAUCCCCGAAAUCACUUGCGCUCACUGAUGCCUUUCAUUCUAAUCACCUUUCAGAUCUCUACAUCACUCUACCCACUCGCGACGGCACGCGUGGUCGCCCGUUUGCGUCCCCUGUAGAAGGUACACCUCUUGGAUAUGGACACCACCUUGCCUUCUUCCACCCGCGUAAUCCUGAGGCAUUACUGCGCACAGAUGGGACCGACGCCGACUUCUGUCCGCCUGAACCAUUCACACGCCGGAUGUGGGCGGGUGGUACCAUGACAUGGAACAAGGAAAGAGAAUUGAAAGUAGGAGAGAAAGCUACUGCAGUGUCUACUGUAGCCAAGGUCGAGAAGAAAGGAUUUGAGGUCGGGAAGCCGAUGAUAUUCGUCAAACAGAGAAUUGAAGUGACUGCGGAAGGACGAAGUGAACCUGGGAUGGUGGAGGAACGAGCGCAUGUCUACCAACCAUCUGUAGCUAGUAUAGGGAGCCGCGUACCCCUGAACGAUCUCUCAAAGUCUGAGUUUUCGUUGUCGUACACUCCGACCCUGACGACGCUAUUCCGUUUUUCUGCUCUCACAUUCAACGGGCAUCACAUACACUUGGACAAGGAUUAUGCGCAGAAAGUCGAAGGAUAUCCAGAAAGACUCGUUCAUGGGCCCCUGACAGCCCUUAUGCUUCUGGAGUGUCUCAUUUACCACCGACCAAGGGCCAGACUGCGCACCUUCAGCUAUCGUGCACACAAUCCAAUUUUUGUAAAUUGUGCCGCGACGAUACAUGGUGCUAUUGUGGCAAAAGACAAAGCGGAAUUGUGGUGCGAAAGCGAUGAAGGGGUUGUCGGCAUGACGGGCGUUAUUCAGUUCGACGAAUAG